GGCUGACAUAUGAUAUCCUAACUGUACUCCAAUUACACCACACUAGGAUAGAAACUGUCAGUCAAAAAUGCCGUUGUGUUGGAAAUAUUCGAUAUAUAUAAUUUUGCUUUCUACAUGGUUACUUUACACUUUGUACGCAGUCAAAGCACGAUUAGAUGUUGCGCAUUCACUUCACUUGAAUAAAAAAACGACCAACUCAGUUGUCGCUGAUUCAAUCAUCUUGGUUCCAAAUGCACGGGAUGGAAAUGCACUUACAGAAUAUAAAGACAGUCUCGUCGUAAACUUUACAUUGCCUCGAAGGCUAUCAGCUAUUGCCGAUUCACAAUGCCCGGAUGGAUUUUGGAACGAUGAUGAGCUAAUGUGGAACAAUUCAAAGACCAAUCAAUCAAGAAUUACGAAAUUUGAACAGUUUGUCAAAGCGAAGGAAUGGAAUUCUAAGAAACUAGAUGACCAACCUGUGUUUGUAACCGCGGCAUCAUCAAAUCAUUUCCAAGAGAUUAUGGAAUUGUUCAACAAUUUUAAUGAUCUACGGCAGCGUUUUAGCAGGGUCUGGGUUCUUUAUUUCUUUAAUUUAGGUCUAUCUAAAAAGGAAGAAGAAGAGGUGCGUAUUAUGUGUAACUGUUCAGUGAGAACGUUUCACUUCGAUCAAUAUCCCAACCAUGUUAAAAAUUUAAAGGGAUAUGCCUUCAAGCCGUUAGUUAUUCAGAUAAUUGCAAGGAAGCACAAAUUUGUUGUUUGGAUGGAUUCUUCCACAAGAUUUAAAAAAGCCGAUAUAAACAUACUUCUUGACGAAGGAAAAAAAAGAGGUGUACUUGUUACACAAGCUGGCGGCACUGUUGCACGACGAACGUUACCAACGAUGUUUCAGUACUUUAGCACGCAUCCAUGCAGGUUCCGGAAUUUGCCUGAAUUACAGAGUGGUUUUAUUAUAUUAUAUUUGAAUCCGUUUGUAAUUCAUCGAAUAGUUUGGCCUUGGAUUCGAUGUGCCCUCGAACUUGGCUGCAUGAUACCGGCUGUGAAUCCAGAAAUAUAUUUAAAAUGUAAAACAUAUGGCAAUGUGUAUGGUGAGUGCCAUAGAUUCGACCAAUCAGCACUCGGCAUCUUACUGUAUACAUCGUAUGGCAAACAUAUAAGUGAGCAUACUUUUCACUGGAAUAAUAACAUGUAUUUGUCUUUUAUAAACCAUUGAUAAUUAUUGAUAUUUAUCUUAAAUAUUCAUGAAUUAUACGGCAUUACUAGGUGACCUCACUAGGUGUCGUUAUAAGAAAAAGCCUUAGAAGAAGAUAUUUAUUACUUCAAGCUAAUUUCAUAUUCAUGAAUGUUAUUUUAAACCUAUGCAAAAUACAUUUGGAUCCGUUUUAGAGUGAGGUAUCAUAAAAAUCAAUAUUUUGAAACUUUUGACAUGUUCACAUAUUUGUAACUAUUGUUUUUGAAACAUUAUUCUAAACAUAAAUGUAUUAUAUAGUAUACGAUGAAUUAAAGUAUUGUAUAUAAUCUGGGUUUAAACACUGCUUAUUUAGAUAAACAAUACAAAACAAAGAAUAUAAACAUCAAGUAUAAUCAAACUAGUACAAGUAAAAGCGCAGCUUAAAUUAGAUGGAAAAUGCAUUAUGUUGGUAAAAAUGUAUUGACAGAAUUGAGAACAAAGUUUAAAUCUGAUACAAUGUCUUGUUUCUGUCGUUCUAACAACUGCUUUUAAAAUGGAAAAAAAAUGUUUGGUGCGAAUAUCGUAUUUUGAAGUUUUACUUUUGGAUAGUGUCAAUAAUAAUGGAUCUUAUUGUUAAUUGUAAUGAGGUAUCAAUAUGUGUAAAUAACUGAUAUACACUAAACUGUAGACGUGUUACAGUGUAUGAAAUAAAGUAAAUAUAAGAUUACG